UGGCGGCAGCGGCCGUAGUUGCGGCGGCUCCCGCGCUCUGGCGGCGGUUGCUGGAUUGUUUGCCCCGCGGGAGGCCGUCUCUGGCGGCCUUUUUGGGCAGGCUCUCGGAUCGUCUGAGCCGAGGCCGCGAAGGCAGCGCUCGCAGGGACAGGCAAAGAUGGCUAAGCAACGAAUCGUUUUAGCUUCGCUAUAUCUUGGAACAGGCUCUUUGGAACAGGAAUUAGUGGAUUGUAUUGAAAUAGCUUUGGAAAGCUCAUUGAAGGGAUGUGAGAAUCCCAAUUUUAGAGUGUCUAUCCUGUUAGACUUCACGAGAGGAUCCCGAGGCCAGAAGAAUUCUCGAACCAUGCUGCUUCCACUCCUGAGGCGAUUUCCAGAUAAGGUCCGUGUCUCCCUCUUCCACACUCCUAAUCUACGUGGUCUUCUCAGAUAUCUAAUUCCUGAGCGUUUUAAUGAGACCAUCGGGUUGCAGCAUAUCAAAGUCUAUCUCUUUGACGAUAAUGUGAUCUUGAGUGGAGCCAACUUAAGUGACUCUUACUUCAGCAAUCGGCAAGACCGUUACGUGUUCCUGCAAGGCUCACCAGAGAUUGCAGAUUUCUUCACUGAGCUAGUAAAUGCAGUUGGGGAUGUAUCUUUACAGUUACAGCAGGAUGACACAGUCAAAAUCAUAGAUGGGAUGGUCCAUCCUUACAAAG